CGAUUUGCUUUAGGUUUCUUUUUACCACGUUUAUCUCGAUGUUUGCAACACAAGUGCAGUUGCCACAGCAUAUUGAUCAAUAUGUUGUGUCUUAAGUUUGUCUGUAGCAAGCUUCCAUUGUACAACAGAUAGCAAGCAGGAAGAUGUUAAAAAUUCCAAGCUUGCAAAGAAUGGGAAGGAGAGAUGCAGCAGGUCAAAGAAAAACAGAGUACAGCAAUGUUAUGUACCACCGCAUGCAGAGGGCGGACGACGGCUUUAUUGAUAGCCAGUUUCAAAAGACAAUUUCACGGAUUCCAUGGAAGGCAAUAGCACUUGCUACCUUCUUGUUUGUAGUGGGGUCAUUACUGAUCAUCAUAGCAUCACUAAUCCUGUCCGGAUUUUUUGAUGAAAAGUACUAUGAAAGCAUAUGGCCGUUACUUAUCUUGGGAUCGCUGAUGUUCAUCCCUGGAGCUUAUCACGUGCGGAUCGCAUACUAUGCCUUCAAGAACUAUCCGGGCUACACCUUUGAUGACAUUCCUGAUUUUGAUUGAACUACCACUGUUGUGAACAAGAGCACUAGUCAAUCCAUUCAUGCCUGUCUUCAUAAGACAGACAUUUUUUUGUGCCUAAUUUAUUAUGAAACAAAGUGCAAGGUUGAUACGACAGAUUUUUAUUGCAGGAUUUUACAGGUCUAUGUACAGCUUGCUACAUUAGCAGUCCCAUACUUCUUCGGUUGCUUUACAAGGCAUCAUAUAAAGAUUUUAGUCUGGAAUGUGCACCUAGAAACACGAGAGCAAAAGAAACGAAACACAGGGCUAGGUUUGUGUUCCUUGGGUUUGCUGAAAUAGCAAGUUACUCGUUGCCAAGCAGAGUGGAAUGUAAAGUCACUUGUAAAGGCAAGAGAUAAUUUUGGGGGAAAUUUGGCAUAACCUGACCUAGCCAAAAAUCAAUUCUAGCCAGCCUCCUCCAGGAAGGCUGAAGGUUGAAGCAGGUUUUACUCCCAAAAGGCAGGCCACUGCACCUCUGCAAUAUUUGAAAGUGAAUUAAUACCAUGUGAAGCUGCUACUGCACUGGAGCCUUUGCAUGCAUUUGCCAACUGUGCACAAAUCAUGGGAACGUAGUAGCGUGCACGAUGUGCAUGUAAUAUAUGGCUGUUUCCUACGCAUAACACACUGCAUUUCGUCGGACUGUUGAAAAAUAUAUUCAUUGUUGUGCUUUUGUACAUAGAGUAAUUAAAUAAUGUUCAAGGCAUUACCA